CGCGGAGAUGACGCAUGCGCAAAGACGCCCGCGCUGCAUAUAUAAGUACUGAGCCGGGCUCUUCCUCGUAGUGCUGCUGGGACCGUUGGUAGGGAAGGGUGCGCGGUGGCUUCUAAACCACUCGAGCACCGAGCGCUGCAAACGGAAAGAGCAGGGCACGCGGGCUGGUCAACAUGUCGCGUUAUGGGCGGUACGGAGGAGAAACGAAGGUUUAUGUUGGUAACCUGGGAACUGGUGCUGGCAAAGGAGAGUUAGAAAGGGCUUUCAGUUAUUAUGGUCCCUUAAGAACUGUAUGGAUUGCAAGAAAUCCCCCGGGAUUUGCCUUUGUGGAAUUUGAAGAUCCUAGAGAUGCUGAAGAUGCAGUACGAGGACUGGAUGGAAAGGUGAUUUGUGGUUCCCGAGUAAGGGUUGAGCUAUCUACGGGCAUGCCUCGGAGAUCUCGCUUUGAUAGACCACCUGCCCGACGUCCCUUUGAUCCCAAUGAUAGAUGCUAUGAGUGUGGCGAAAAGGGACAUUAUGCUUAUGAUUGUCAUCGUUAUAGCCGGAGAAGAAGAAGCAGGUCACGGUCUAGAUCACAUUCUCGAUCCAGAGGAAGGCGAUACUCUCGCUCACGCAGCAGGAGCAGGGGACGGAGGUCAAGAUCGGCAUCUCCUCGACGAUCAAGAUCUGUGUCUCUUCGUAGAUCAAGAUCAGCUUCACUCAGAAGAUCUAGGUCUGGUUCUAUAAAAGGAUCGAGGUAUUUCCAAUCCCGGUCCAGGUCAAGAUCAAGAUCCAGGUCUCUUUCACGACCAAGAAGCAGCCGGUCAAAGUCCAGAUCUCCAUCUCCAAAAAGAAGUCGUUCCCCAUCAGGAAGUCCUCGAAGAAGUGCAAGUCCUGAAAGAAUGGACUGAAGUUCUCAAGUUCACCCUUUAGGGAAAAGUUAUUUUGUUUACAUUAUUAUAAGGGAUUUGCGACGUCUGUAAAGUGUAACCCAGAAAGAAUAUUUCAGCCAUCUAAUCAAAAUGGAUUUGGAUUACUACUCUGUAAAUUCAUGGCAGUAAAAUAAUAUAAAUUUUCGUUGAAUGUAUUAACAUCUUAUGGUCUGAAAAUGUGGGGUUUUAUUUGGCACAUUUAAAUAAAAGUGUUUCUAAUAGACUUUUGAUUUGUGUUCAGUAGUAACACUUCUUGAAUUGGUAAACAUCAGGAGUCAGACUUAGUUGUUACUAGCCACAUUCAUACAGACUUACAUUCAGAGUUUAAUGGUGUUGGUUAAAUCUUGAACAUUGUCCUGUUCUAUACAUAACACAUGCCUGAGAUCUUAAGGGGCUUUGAAAUUCCAUUUUACCCUUGUAGCAUUGGGUAAGAUGAUUUUGAGUCCCCUAUAGCAUGGUUAUGACAAAUACCUAAAUUAACUAAUGCAUUUGAAGUUGGUGUUACUGGAUACUGUCAAACUAAUGAUCUCUGUCAGUCUAAAGGGACCAUUGAUUUGUCUAUAAAUAAGCAUGACAGGAACAAAGCAAAGCUUAUUAAAAUGAUAUUUAAAAUGAAGUGAGAAACUGAUUUCUGAAGGCUAAGUUUAGCACCUGAUUGUUUUCAGGCUUUUGGGUGGGAUGGUUUCUACUACUCUUUUGUUUUUUUGUUUUCAAACAGUCUUUUAUACCAAAACAAUGCAUAUGUGAGGAAUUGUGUGAAUUUGGAACAAUAUUGUAAACCAGCUUUGCAAAAUUUUCUAACCCAGAUGUUGUUUAACAUGUAUUGCCUUACUCUGUUCGAAGACCUGUUUGAUCCAAGCUAAGUUUGUUUUUUGUUUUGUUUUGUUUUUUGAGACAGGCCCUGUCUGGUGCAGUCUGGCCUGGAGCUUACUAGCCCAGGCUCACCUUGAACUCUCAGGCAGUCUUGCCUCAGCCUCCUGAGUAGGAUUAUUAGGUGUGUUCCACCACACCUAGCUCCAAACUACGUUUUACAGCUCCAACAACUAUAGUUCUCCAGUUUUGCCAAGCUGGUACAAAAUAAAGUAAUUAAAGAUGUUAAUCAGAAAUGUUAAUGAGACUAAAAGCAGUUUUGUAAAUCUUACAUAUUUAGCAGUACUUCAUUUAGCCAAGUGGUUUUUUUUGGUAGUGACUCUUAGACCUUAGAAUGUUAUAGCCAGUAGGAUCUUACUCAGAAUUUAAAUACUAAGUAUAAUAGAGCAGUGAAACAGUUACUUCUGAGGAUUUCUGGAUAUGCUUUUACCAGUAUUACUCAGCUUGGUGCAAAAAAAAAAAAAAAAAAAAAUGCUAGUGGCACAGGAAUCUGCCCUUGUCUGUUUUAUAGGCUUUUCAACAGUCUUUGGAUAGUUUGGGAAUUUGGGAAUAAAACUCAUCUGCCUCAAAUUCUUUUGAUGGUCUAAGUGGCCACUAGUAUGUUGGAAAUUAUUUGGAUUCUUUGAUUGGAAUUUUGACAACUGGCUAAAUUAACAUGGUUGGUAUAAAGCUAUAUGUGUAAUUGGCAGGCUUGUCUAUUGCACUUGGUUAGCUUUGUUAUGUAUUCUAUAAAGUUAAGUUUACUCAAUAAAUCUGUAGAGAUUGAACAAGUAA